AUGGUAAUAAAUGAAAGCAUUAAUGAUAUCUACUUUGAUGCAUCACUCAACUGUUUAAUCACCGAUGUCACUAUCGAUUAUUUAUUUGAAGUUCGACAAAGUACUCUUAUUGAUGAAUACUUUCUUCGUAUGCUUUGCACUAUUGGUUCUUGGGCAAUGUGGAACAGAUUAAAAAGAUCUCAUUCAACCAGCGUCAAAUGGAAAAAUCAACCGACAUUUUUUCAAUUGAAUAAUGAAACUGAUCGUCUUCUACGAGGAAUUCUCACCUAUAUAAAUCGUCAUUUUCGGGAGAAUCCAAUGAGUAAUGUUCAGGUUGCGGUUUUUACCUGGGCUCAAAGUAUCAUGGAUGUCAUUCCAUUUGUGCCAUUCUUUGUCAAAACCGGCUAUCCAGAAGCAACUCUAGAAUGGUUAUCCAUUGAACCAAAUGAGACGAUGAUCAGCCUUAGAUCAUGGCGUGAAAGUCUUGAUUUUGUUCACAAUCUUGCUCGUCACGAAUCGGGCGUAAAAGCAUUGAAUCAAUUGGGAGCUAUUUCGAUUCUCAAAGCAUGGAAAGGACGGUACCUUUCCGAAUCAACAUUAUCGAAUGACGAAAAUUAUGAAGAUUUACGCGUAGUCUAUUAUAUGAGCUAUGCCUUAUUACUUGAACCGGCAUUACUGAAACGAGAGAACUCAAUGGACCUUCAAGUCGCUCUCGAUCAUAUUCUUGAUCGAGCAGUUCAAGCAUUUCAGUCGACUUCUCUCCAUUAUGGCCCAUAUCAUGUAUCUGAAUUUUGGACAGCACUAGCGAGAUUUACAGUUAAUGACGAGUGCCUCCUAUACAUGUUGAUACGCGAAGAUAUGUUCGAAUUUUCCAUGCAGAAGUUUCUCGAAUACAAUAAACUAUUACUGCUUGAUGUCAAUUCCGAAUCAUCUGAUUUGGAUACCCUAAUGUGUUCGCUAUUGUAUACAAUUUUCUGGUCAAUUAGUUUUCAAACGAAUUAUCAUGUAAAAUUGAAAACGAACACGGAAUUUGUUGGAUUCAUACAGCAAACUGCUAAGAAGAAUUCAAAUGAUGGAUAUGUCGGGAGUAUAAGACAAUCUGCCAAUGGAAUUCUGUUUAAUCUUGAUUUAAUUCAACAAUCUCACCUACCUAGUAAACCAGACAUCGAUGAUCAUAUUGAUGGUGUGAAAGUCAUGAUAUCGUAUUCACAUAAAGAUAGUGCAUUUUGUCGACGACUAGUCAACACUCUGAAAGAUCAAGUACAAGGAGAUUUGUGGGUGGAUUUCAUCAAACUAGAGCCACCGUACGAAGACGAUUGGGAAGAAAUUGCCGAAGCGAUUAGCAAUUGUGACGUAGUAGCGAUGAUUGUUACCGCAGAUUAUUGCAGCUCGAAAAGUUGUCGUCGAGAGGUGAUUCAUUCUGAUAAACGCAAUAAACCAAUGAUACCUAUUUAUCAGGGUUCAGAGUACGAACCAGAUGAUUGGUUUGAAAUUCGAGCUGGUUCAGCAACUUGGGUACGUUUCGGUUCUAUGAAUAGCGAUGAAGAAGUAAUGCAAACUCUUGUGAAACUAAUUAAUUCUCACAAAAAAACAAAAAAUCGUUCUGAUGUAGCUAUAGUCUCUCAAAAGCCAUAUCUUGAAAAUAAUCACACGGUUCCACCGAUUAUGAUUUUGACUCAAACUAGUGACAUCCUCUCGUCGCCAUUGCCAGAUCCUGUUCCACUACUCCCUCUUCCCACCUCAAAUCUCACGACUUCGUCACUAGUAACAACUCCUAGAAAACCAAUUGAACAAUGGACUAGUGAAGAAGUUCAUCAAUGGCUCUGUCUACCUCCGUCAAUCCUGCAGUUUUCAAGUGGUCGUGCUUUACUUGCUUACGCGCGAUUAAUACCAGACGAAGAUGCAGAACGCGAUGAGUAUGAACGAAGUCUAAAGAAACGUGGUCUGACACGUGAACAAUGGGCAAAUCUGAUUUGCUCUCUUAAGACUCUCCGCCUACUACACAUCAUGGAAACGUCAUCGAAAGCUCUGCCUGAGCAAUGGUCAAGCGACGAAGUGAAGUGUUGGUUUGAACAAAACAAGCUAUCUAACUAUCUAAUAGAUACAUUCGCCUUCGUCGAUGGAAUGGAGCUUGUCAUUUACGCUAAAAUGAUGACCACAGCACUCGUGCGUAUCGAUUCAGAAUACGAUCGAUUGCGAACUCGAAUUCAGGCUCGGUACAAUGGGCAAGAUCUACUUCAAUUAGAUGAAUAUGUUCGACUCGUGAGAGCACUCAAAAAGAUUGUCGAACAAUCACAACUGUAA